AUGGUCCGUUUCUACUCCAAGUUCCCUCCACACACUGUGAUUAACAUGCCAGCAUUAUCACCUACGAUGACCCAAGGUGGAAUUGGCCUGUGGUCUAAGAAAGUUGGUGAUGAAUUGCAGCCAGGUGAAGCUAUUGCUGAAAUUGAGACUGACAAGGCCCUGAUGGACUUCGAAUUCCAGGAAGAAGGUUUCUUAGCCAAGAUUUUGGUCGAAGAAGGAGCCAAGGAUGUUCCAGUCGGUAAGCCAAUUGCCGUGUACGUUGAAGAAUCUGGUGAUGUUGCUGCAUUUGAGAACUUCACUGCUUCCGAUGCCGGUUCUGGUGAAACUCCAAAACCACAAGAAUCUGAAGCUGAAAAGACUGAACAACCAGAGGAAAAGAAGACCGAUGACGCCCCAAAGAAGACCGCUGAGCCAAAGAAAUCUAGCUCUGCCGCUCCAUCUACCCGUAUCUUUGCUUCUCCAUUGGCCAAGACUAUUGCUUUAGAAAAGGGUCUCUCCUUGAAGAAUGUCAAGGGUUCCGGCCCAAGCGGUAGAAUCCUUGCCAAGGACGUUGAGAACCUUAAGGCUCCAGCUGCUGCUCCAGCUGCCCAAGCUGCUCCAGCUGUUUCUGGUGCCACUUACGAGGAUGUCCCAAUCUCUGGUAUGAGAAAGACCAUCGCUUCCAGAUUACUCCAAUCUACCCAACAAUCCCCAUCUUAUAUUGUCCAAUCUCAAAUUACUGUCUCUAAGUUGUUGAAGUUGCGUCAAUCUUUGAAUGCAUCCGCCGAAGACAGAUACAAGUUGUCCGUCAAUGACUUAUUGAUUAAGGCCAUUGCCUUAGCUGCCUUAAGAGUCCCAGAAGUCAACUCUGCUUGGUUAGGCGACGAAGGUAUCAUCAGAACCUACAAGAACGUGGAUGUUUCUGUUGCUGUUGCCACUCCAACUGGUUUGAUCACUCCAAUCGUCAAGAACGCUCACACUAAGGGCUUGUCAUCUAUUUCUAAGGAAGUUAAGGACUUGGGCAAGAGAGCCAAGAUUGGUAAGUUGAACCCUGAAGAAUACCAAGGUGGAACCAUCUGUAUCUCCAACUUAGGUAUGAACCAUGCUGUGAACAGCUUCACCUCCAUUAUCAACCCACCUCAAUCUGCCAUUCUUGCCAUCGGUACUGUUGACAAGAAGGCCGUCCCAUCUACCGUCAACGAACAAGGCUUCGUUUUCGAAGAUACCAUUACUAUCACUGGUACUUUCGACCACAGAACCGUCGAUGGUGCCGUUGGUGGUGAAUACAUAAGGGAAUUGAAGAAGAUUGUUGAAAACCCAUUGGAAAUGUUGAUCUAA